AUGGUUCAGAGUACUACAGCGGCCUUGCGUUCUAAGAGCAAUAAUAUUUGCUUCGUGCUAUCCUGCAAUACCGGAGCCAAGCAAGAAGUAUCGAAUUUGCGUUUUGACUUUGACCAUCUAAAGCAAAAGUGUGCAACCCUAGAACGUGAUUCAGAUGCUAAAGACCAAAAACUUAUCCAACUCACUAAGGGCUUCCAGUUGGAACGCAGUACUAAGGAUAUCAAGAUCAAGUUUUUGCAAAAGUCGAUGUAUGUCUUGCGAGAAAAAUAUGCUAAGUUCACACCUUUGAUCUUCCUAACAAAUUUUGUUUUUGCUUAUACUAAAUUUGUAAAGAAAUCUCUUCGAUCCACUGAUAAUGGUAGAGGCAUCUAUGAUUUAAGUGAAAUCAUUAAAGAGUCAAUUAUUGCAAACUUAAAAAAUGAAAAUAUAGCUGCGGAUGAAUCGCAGAACUUAAUCGAGCUUAUCAAAUCAGAAACGCAAUGCAAGCUACUCGAAAGAAAUUUGCAAGAGCUACAACAUAAAUACGAUUCCUUGCACGAGGAACUGCUGGAGCAACGUAUACUUUCAGCGAAGGAGACUGGGCAUUGGCAAACAAUUGAGGCGCUUUUCGGGAACGGCGCGAAAGACAACAACCGAGCAAUCACCGAAGGUGAGAAUAAAGUAAAGGAAACAGAUACGAAAACAGAGGAGCAAUACUCUAGUCCGCGGCAAAAAGAUGUAGCCACCAAUACAGACGCGCCAGUACCAGCAGAACGUAAGCUAUCAGCGACGCCUGUGCUUAAGAGGAGAUCAACAGUUGAAAUGUUGGAUAAAAACCUUUCGCCAAUCGGCUCACCAAUACGACGCAUACGCAAGGCUGACGCUACAACACAAACAACAAUUGAUAGAAGUGAAACGCAUUCUAUUGAAGUGCGUGAUGGAAAUACUAAGACAUCAGACCAGCCAAUGUUCACGGAUAAAGUAGCAUUAAGUUUAGCAGCUAGGCAAUCCAUUCAAGAGCCCGAUAAAACGAGCGAAGAAUCGACAAAGGGGAUCAAGGUUAUGGAUCAACUGCUUAAUAGAGAAACCAACGACGCCAUCGUGCAAACAGCAGCUGAGCCAACGGAAUGUCAAAGCGUGCAAACCGAGACGUUAGCGGUUGGCGAACCCCAAUUACGAGAUGAAGUGCAAUCGACAGAGCUUGAAGAGCGAAUAAAAGAAAUGGGACAAAAAUUGAGUGAGCGAGAUAUUCGACUUAAAGAGAGCAAAACUGAACUUAUAACAGCUACUAAGCGUAUUGAAGAACUGCAAAGUCAAUUGGAGCUCGUCAAGUCUUCCAGCGAAACUAAGGUAGCUGCUCAAGCGGAAACUAGCCCAAAGAGCGAUAUAAUUGAGAAAACCAUACUCUCAUUCCAUACGCUGCUCAGCGAGAAGGAUAAAUCCAUUAGUAAAUAUCAAGAUCUAUUACAAACUGAACGUGAGCAAAUACAAAAUACCACCGCCAAGCUGAACAACGAAAUUGGCGAUCUCAAGAGUACGAUCACGAACUUGAAUUUCAACAUUAAAACCAAAGACAUGGAAAUACUCGAACUAAAGACACAACUGGAGAUUGCAUCUGUGCGUCGACAUUCUGCAGAAAAACUUGAACUGGCAACAGGAGCUAGCGGCGGUGGUGGUGGCGAUGAAAGCGGAGAUAACAGUUUGAAUGAGCUAACCGAUGAGAAAAUCGAAGAGAUGUUCCAGCAGGACCCCGUACAAAAUGGACGUGAGACUACAAUCGCAGCAGAUGGAGGUGAGCAAUUGGAGAAACAGGAUACCGAGUCGAUGAAAGAGCUACCAACUUUGUUGAAGCAAGUGAAAGAGCUAAAGGAUAAAGCUAGCUAUUGGGAGAAAACGUUGGCUGUUAAGGAGGAGGAGCUGAGUUUAUUGAAGGAGAAAGUAAAUCUUUACGAGGAGCGAGAAAAGUCAAUGGAGAGUGCCGUUAACCCGGAAAUGGAACAAUUGAGGCAACUACUAGAGGAAAAGGACAAACAUAUCAACGAACUUACGGAAACCCUUAACAAUUUUCAC